CCCAGUGAAGGGACAUACACGGCCAACACCACUGGCGACAGACCUCCGGAGUCACCAGCCGCUGGGAAGAGAUGGUGUCAUGAGGCUCAUUCCCGCAGGUCCUUCAGGUUGCCAGGCCACGCCCCGGACCUCGACAGCGACAGGAACAUGCUGCCUUUCGUGCUGGUGGGAAGCAACGCCAUGUUCACUCAUUGCUCACACGAUUGCAUAACACGAAAGGAAAAUCCAACUCCUGACAAUAACCCUACAUUUGAAACAAGGUGGGACUCGCUAAGGGGCCAAAAUAAAGGGCGUUCACUGAAUCAGUUGAAGAAGAUACCCCCAGGAUGGGAGGACGUGAUGCACGAUGGUGACAUUAAACAUACUGAUAGGGAUGCAUUUUGCCCAGCUUUUGUUAUAAAACAGUCCACGAAGGUUAUGAAUAGUCAUACACCAGUAAUAAUUGACAGCCCCAUCUCUGAUCGACCAAGGUGGCCUAACCGUAGAAUCAUUCAUCAACCUGAAGCGGCAAAUGCAUUCGAUUUUACAGAACUUAAUGAAAAAGUUGAAAACAUUACCCCUGAAUCUUAUAUUCGAAAAUUAUCCUUAACCACCUCAGAUGUGGCACCAGUAUCUUCCUCUAGUUCACCUUCCAUGACUCCUCCCGCCACCUCUUCAUGCAAUUUCAGUUCUAACACAUUUUCAGUUUGCGAUAGAAAUAUGAAAGACGCAGCAAAUAGCGACAUGCAAGAGACACCAGGGCCAUGUUUAGCGGCUCACCUAUGUGAGACUCUCAAAGACACCUCACAUGUUUACUUUCACUCUGAAAACCCAACCGAAAACAGAAACAUUCAGUUGUGCAAUAAUUUUGUAUAUAGAGGUAGCCACAGUGAAGUCAACCCCGGAGCUUCCAUCAUCAUCAAAGAUCCGCUUAGCUCUAGACAAUAUAGUGAAGCAUCUGAUGAUGGUGAAGACAACAAGAAUACCACGGAAGAUACUUUUCAUGCUUCCCCUUACUCGUCCACCUCAGUGCCUGGCACCACCACUGAUGGCGGCACUCAGCCUCCAGCUGAUCUACUCGUGAAUGACAGCACACGUCGGGAACACUGGAUCACAUUUGAUGGAUCUAUGGAGAAUUUGGACCUCAAUUCAGAUGAAACAUUUGACAUUAUUUCGGCAGGCACACACGAUGUAUACGAAGCGAACCAAAGUAAUUGCCAGACUCCUGAGACUCCCCCAGUGUCUGCGCCGCCCUCAGAAGAUCACGAGAAGAGUAUUCUGGACGUGGAACAGCGCAGGGAAGUAUAUACUACAGGAAAUUACAAGGCAAUGCUGGUGCGGACGUAUUCACAGCGUGGACGUCGAGCCAGUAAACGUGUUAUCAGUUCAGUCAGUCGCCGGAUUAGCACUGUCGACUACGGGAAGUUAGUGGACCCUGUUUCUCCGAUAUAUUCUAAGGCAGUACUGACUAUGCAGAGUGGGCCUGGUUUAUUCGAGAAAGUCAAGGCCAACGACGACACUGAUACAAUCAAGUCAGAAAGACUACAGCAAUCGUUGCAAGGCGGGAAAGAGCAGACGAAGGCAGUGGAAUUACCUCUCAAAAAUACUACCAUUUCUUCAGAUGAAGUGGCCUCGACAUCCUUCGUGGAGCCUGCAGGAAAAGAGUCGAUGUGCAUCCCCCGCCUCAGGUCAGCGCUAGUCCGUCGUUCUGUGUCUCUGAAUAUAUCAAGAGUGGAACAAGAGGUACCCUUCCAGAGACUACCUGAUCGACGGCCCGGGUCCUUCCGGAAAGCAAUAUCAGGGUUAGGAACGUUAGCUCGGAGUUUCACAAGAAAAUCCGACAGUGGUCCAACAGGAACUAGUGAGACUCGCUUGGCGGCUCAAGACCCGGGUUUGUGCCGAAGCAGUAACUUUGCCACCUCCAGCAGGCAAACGCCCAAAGCCCCAAGGCUGCCUCGACGAGCGACCAGCCACAAACACGAUACAUCCACAGACAUCUGACCCAGCUGUGCCUCUCGCCUCCAAGCCAUAACUAUUGUAAUAACGUAGUUAAACUAACCCACCCGGACGCAAAUUAACUGUCUUCAGUAACAACAACACACUGUAACCUGUUGUCAUGUUGAUGUUAUGCAACGAUCGCAAUAAAUUAUUCCAGGAUUUAAUUUCCGAACUCGAGGCGUUUCAUAUUUGAAGUCCUAACUUUAGUCAGUUAAUAAGGAAAUUUGACUACAAGGAAAAACAGAGACUUCGCAUCAUACCCAAAUUGACCUCCAGUUCGAAAAAUAAGACGGAUAUUUACAAAAUUAUGCUUGAUUGCCAUUUUUAAACGUAGUUCAAGAUGACUAUAUAUUUGUAGUUUUAAUUUUAGCAAUUUUAUAAGAAAAUUUGACCAUAAGGAAAAAACGGAGAUUUUGUGCAUUUUACCCAAACUGACCAACAAUUUGAAAAAUACGGUGGAUAUUUAAAAUAUUAUGCUUAAGUGUUAUUUGUGAGCGUAAAUGAGGGUGAUUCCACAUAUUUGAAGUUUUAUAUUUAAUAAUUUU